UAUUCAACAAACCACCAAUGGUUUGCGCGAUGGGCGGGGCCUUAAUGAUAACAGCGGAGGAUUCAAACGGAAGAUGGCUGCGGGUAAAGAUGUCGAUGAAAACACGCAUAAUAGAAGAGGAACAGCCUGCAGCAUGGUGACCAAUAACGAGGAAUCACCAGGGGGAUCUCGUGCUGGUCGCCCACCCGUCAUCUUCAACCCAGACUUUUUUGUGGAGAAACUCCGCCAUGAGAACCCCGACAUUUUCCUGGAGCUUGUGCUUAGUAACAUCACUCGCCUUAUUGAUCUCCCUGGGACUGAGUUUGCACAGCUCCUUGGUGAGGAGAGCCCUAAGACCCCAACAGGUGGAAAUGGAGGCUUCUUUCGUUCUUUGAACUUCCUCAAACGCAAAGAUAAAGGGGUUGUGUUUGGAACCCCGCUGACAGAAAGCUGCAUUGCCCAGAUCUACCAGCUCAUCGAGUACCUCACCAAAAAUCUGCACGUUGAGGGACUGUUCAGGGUACCAGGAAACAGUGUUCGGCAGCAGACCCUGAAGGAGCUCCUCAAUAGCGGAGCCGACGUCGACUUGGCGUCUGGAGACUUUCACCCCAACGACGUCGCCACGUUACUCAAGACUUUCCUGGGAGAGCUGCCUGAGCCCCUGCUCACACACAGACACUUCCAUGCACACCUUAAGAUAGCUGAUAUGACUCUGUUUGACGAGCACGGCAACAAGACUGCGAUUCCCAACAAGGAGCGUCAAAUCGAAGCCCUGCAGCUCCUCUUCCUGCUGUUACCUCAGGCCAACCGCUCACUGCUCAAACUGCUGCUGGACCUGCUCUACCACACCGCCAAGCAGCAGGACAAGAACAAGAUGUCUGCCUUCAACCUGGCCCUCAUGUUUGCCCCGCACGUCCUCUGGCCCAGACACAUGACCGCCAGUGACUUGAAAGACAAUCUGAAGAAACUGAACAACAGCAUGGCCUUUCUGAUAAAACACUCGCAGAAACUCUUCAGGGCGCCAGUAUAUCUGCGGGAUUAUGCCAGAGUGCAUUUCAGUGGGAACAAGGCUCUGCAGACCAAGGAUGACCUGGAGCUGCUGGCAGCGAGCAGCUCCCCUGCCCAGCGCAGAGUGUUGCCCCUGAAGAGGGCAGCUCCUCUGGGCUCAAGCUCUCAGGAGCAGUGCCAAUCACCAGCUCAACAAUACACAGAGGAGGCUCUGAAGGAGCUCUUCAGACAUGUUCAUCAAAACAUGCCGGACUCUGCCAAGAAGAAGAAACUCGUCCGACAGUUGGUCAAACAGACAACCUCAGGGACGCCUACCAGCGAGCACCACCAGGCCCCCCCAGCUCCCAGCAAGAAACAUCCUCGUUCUCGCUCCUUUGGUGGUCUCAUCAAGCGUAAAGCUCGGGGUGAACAGCUGUCGGCAGAGAAGCGGGUCAGACACAUCUCCCCAGACAGUCUGACCAGGGCUGGAAGAAAACCUGGAAAAGAGAACGUCAUCCUGCAAGCAGUGAACAGCCCAUUAAAUGAUCCUGUGUUGGGGAAGGCAGGGCUGGUAGUAAAAAACCCAGACUUUACUUUCAAUAAGAACAAAGUACUGAAGGUUUCCAAGGUAUGACACAAGCAGGACUCUCCCUCGGUGGCCAGGAUGUGUUUCUCUCCUGCUCAGGAGAUCUCACUGUAAAACCCGACACCACCUCCUCGUCACUGACAGGACUUGGGCAGUAUCAAUGUUACUAUUCCUGUUGUUUGUCAUCAUAUUUUUAUUGUAGUUACUCUAUUUUAACUGUGACUAAUAUAUUGCAGCUUUGUCUUGGCCAGAAUAGCCAAACCAAAUCCAGGAACUCUUCUUCUCUAGGAUGUGAGUCAGUGUUACAAACUGGAGUUAAAUCCUGGACUGCAGCUUUGCUCUCAAGUGGUGUCAAUGUAAAGUAAUAUGACUGAGAUAUCAUCACACAAAAAUCGAUGAUGACCUCCGUGUGUGAUAUCUCAUAACAUGUUUUUGCCUCCAGAAAUGUUUCAAAUUUCUCCAGCCCUGUUUAUCAAUAAUUAAACCUAGUGUGUCGGAUAGAAAAUAUAUUUUCAGCUUUUAAUUGAACUAAAGGCUUUUAGUUUGUGGGUCUGUAGGACCAGUUAAAGUCUGUAGCUGCUGCUGUGAGUGUUCAAAUCUUAUUUGUUUAAUAGUUUUUAUAACACAUGAUGAUGCAGUUUCAAUAGCUUUUGGGUUGAAUCUAACUUAUUUCAAGGUGACUCUUUAUUAGAUUGUGCAUAACUAUUCACUCAUGAGCAUCAGCCCUGAGUGUGAGUGAUUUAAACAAUAAUCAGUUCCAAGCUUUGGUUUGGCUUCGCUGGCUUAGACCUGCAUGUGCCAGUUAUUAUCACUUGAAACUUGUUUUUUUUAGCUACUGUAUCAGAAUCUAUGACCACUAGCAGACUGACAGUACAGUCUGUUGUAGAGUGUAGAAUAUUUAUACAUGUUGUACAGUGUGUGUCUGUGUGUGUCUGUGUGUCUGUGUGUGUGUCUAAUUUUUAAGACUUACUGGGAACUGUGAUGUUUGGUUUUGGUACGAUAUGUUGUCUCUCUUUGGUUCCUGGAUGAGAAUAUCAGCUGAUGCAGGAUCAGUGUUGUCACUUUAUUUUUCAAAUGUUCCAGGAUUUAAACCUGAUCAAUCACAUUUACUACACUCACAAACUUGUUAAAACUGUGACUGGGAUUCAAGUUUGUGACUUUGUUAAAUACAAAAUUUUACAUUUUGAGAAUAUCUCCUGGGACUUCAAAUAUUUUUUAAACAUUUUAUUUUUUUAACAGUUUCUUCAGCUGGAAGGUUUCUUUUACUUGGAGUGAAAGUGUUUGAGGGAUUUGUUAAGUCGAAGGUUUAAAUGAAAGUCGAAAGUGUGUUUUGUAUAAAUUGAUGCUGGUCAGAAUGAGCAGUAAUCAGUAACAGUCAUGUCAUCUCUACUUAAAGGAACAAUUCACCAAAAAAUGGAGAUUCAGUCAUUAUCUACUCACCUGAUGCUGAUGCAAAAUUGGGUGAAGUUUUGUAAUUCACAAAACAUUUGUGUAUUGCUUGAAUUGCUAUAAAACAUCCAAAAGCAGCCACCAAACACAACCAUACGGUCCGAUCCAAGUCUCCAGAAGACCUGCGAUCCCGGAUUGAAUGGAAAAGAUGUUAUUUAAUAUCUUUUAUCAGCAUAAAAUUCACAAUGACUGAAUUUUCAUUUUUGGGUGAACUUUUCCUUUAAAAUGCUGUGUAUGUGUUCCAGUAUAGAGGAGAAACGUGUUAAGAAGAGGCCGCGCUCUUUAGAUGAAUCUGAGUGAAGCAAGAAAGGAACUUGACGUGUUCGGACAGUCAACAGUUUCUGUUUCAGCAAAAACAGUUUUUUGUUUAUGAUGGUUGAUAAUAAAACAGUCUGUGACAGUCAUUAAUAUUGCAUUAACGAGUACUUUUCCAAAAUAAUAUAACAGAUAAGUUUAAAAUGACACUAUUUGUAAGGUUGUGUGUGAGGAGAGAUGAUAAAGUAGUUUUCGACAGACACAUAACAUAAAAAAUUUGGAUCUGUGUUUGCAGAAAGUAAAAAAUGCAACUUAAUCUCCCUUGUUAAAUAUUUCUGCAGCUCUCAGUUCCUUCAGCUUUAGUUUUCAUUGCUCGACUUAACAGACGUCUGCUUAAUUUGUUGUGUUGCAAGUAAAGAUGCACCAAUACCAGUUCCUGAUUUUCAACACCAGCAGCUAAAUUAGUUUUCACUAAAAGUUCAGGCCUUGAGGGAGAAAUUGCACGUUUCUCCUGCUUCUCCGUCGGGAGAACAAGAGUUCAGCUGCAGAGCUGGUGGCGAUCCACCGCUCAGUUCAGUAACACCUCCACCUGAACCUCAACUGUUCUCAGAUUUUGUAGAAUUUGGAGAAAUUCUUCACAUUUGGCUUUUAUAGACGAUGUCUAACGUAUGUCUCUGAUGAAACUGUUACUGGUGCAUCCUGUUUCGAAGGUGUUGUGGAAGUUGUAAUGAUGGGUUUGUUGAAAGUGAUUGAGGUGUUGAAUAUGAUGACCUGUAAAGUAAAUGGACACUAAACCCCCUCUCUUGUUUACUGAGUAUUGUACAUACAGUCUGUGCAGGACUUCCUUUUUAAAAAAAAACAAAAAACUCUGACUUAAUUCAUCUCAGCAACCUUUUUGAGUUGGAAUUGGGAUUUUCCAUGUUGUCUCUUCAUCUUUUCCAGUCCUCUGUAGACUGCAGCGUUACAAGCCUGUUUUAUUGGAGAGCUAGAUUGGAUUAUUUGUAUUUAUCGCUGUUUGGGAGACUAUUUUGUUCAUUGUGGUGGAAAUUUAUGAGCCAGAUUUUAAGGUACAUUCGUUCUCUUUUUCCUUUUUUAAUUUUUAAUUUUGAACGUCUAAUUUUUUGUCCUCAAGACAAGAGCGGUUACAUUCUGUGUAAUGUGAAUUAUUGUUUUAUAUCUGGACACAGAGAGCCCUUCUCAGCCUUGUUGUUGUUGUUUUUAAGUCUGUCAGUGUCUAUUUUCUUUUUAUAUAUAAAUGUGAAACUGAUGUGCUUCAUAGCCACUGAUGAGUUCCUCUGUACACUGUGAGAACAAUGGCAUUACAGAUCAUAGUUGGAGGAUUUUGAGUCCCUUUUAGCUGAAUGGUUAGUUGCACCUUAUUUCUUUUGUUAAUUAGAAGUGUUAAGCAUCAUGUUAUCAGGAUACAGAUUUAUCUUCUCAUAUGAUCACAAUAAUCACAACUCUUCCAGUGUAACCAUGAAUUCAUCUGUGACUGAACUGUGGUAACCUUUGUUUUUUUUGUAUUUUAGUGUAAAAUAAGUUAACCCUGUACAUUGGAUUCCUUGGCAAACCGCUUUGGAUUAAAACUUUUUAUGUUUCCUACUCAAAGUUUGUUGUUAUGUUUGAACUGAUUUGUCUUUGUUUUUUGUUGCAUUUGUGAAUUGUAUGCUGGUGUAGGUAGUCAGUAUGAAGACUUUUUUCUUUGUGGUGCUUCUUUUGCCCACUAGAGGGGGCUGUGAGAUAAAGUGAAGGUCUGGUGGAAAAAAUA